AUGUCGACAAGGCGUCUGGAGCGCCUGGUUCUCGGCGCGGGGGGAACCUUUCAAAACAUCAAGGCUGUUGAGUUUCUUCUGCGCAAACCCCUCAAGGAAAACGGUCUUGUCAAAGAUUUCUGCACUUUCUUCCUCCCUGGCAUUCGAUACCAGAACCCUGGUUUGUCGUUCCAGAUUUUCGAGGCUCCAGAGAGCGCGUCUUCGCCCGCGGGAUCUGGAGACAGCGACAGUGGCUCGGCGUCGCCAGCCUCGACCGCUUCCGCGGUGUCUCCUGUGGGGACAGGAGCCCAAGUGGCGCCCGCGCCGCUCGAGUGCGUGCGGCUCUUCUUCGGGGAAGGGACCGGGUCUCACGUGGUCAACUUGGGACUGUACCGUAGCCCCCACCAGCUGAUGCAGCGCCUGCUGGACGUGGACGCUCAGUGGCAGCAGCUCCAGAUCUACGAGAAGUCUUGGCAAAAAAAGGAGGGACGGAAGCCCUAA